AUGGCUGAUCAACCACCAGCAAUGCAACAUGAGGACUCUAUCAGUUCGCAGGAUCCUCAUUUACACGGGGACAAAGGCAAGACGAAGAGUAGAAGGCCAGCAAAUACGGCAUUUAGACAACAAAGAUUGAAGGCAUGGCAACCUAUUCUCACACCUAAAACCGUACUUCCAUUAUUCUUCGCCAUUGGAAUAAUAUUCGCGCCAAUUGGUGGUGGGUUAUUAUACGCUAGUAGUGUGGUCCAAGAAAUUGUACUCGAUUAUUCGAGAUGUCAUACAGAUGCGCCAAUUUGUCAGAACUCGGUCGACACCGGGAGUCUCAUGCCUUCGGAUAACGUCGAUAUGUUUUUCAAAAAGCCACAUGAAUAUGAAGGAACUGCUCCAGAAUGGUGUAGACAAAAUAUCAAUCAAACAUACUACAACGGUAGUGUCGCGCAUGCCACUGUCCCGGCUGUCCAAUGUCGGCUCACAUUUCCAAUUAAAUCCCCGAUGGAACCUCCUGUUCUGUUCUACUACAAGCUCACCAACUUUUAUCAAAACCAUCGACGAUACGCCAAGUCCUUUGACUCCGAUCAGCUUUCCGGCAAAGCCGUUUCAGCGAGUACUAUCCACUCUGGCGAUUGUACACCACUCACGACCGUAAAUGACAAUGGUGUCGAAAAACCAUAUUAUCCAUGUGGUCUAGCUCCAAAUUCCGUGUUUAACGAUACAUUCUCAUUUCCAAUCCUACAAAACGUCGCGGGUGGAAGUUCCUCAAAUGGUUCGAUAUAUCACAUGAAGAAUAAUUCGGAUGUGUCAUGGAGUAGUGAUAGGGCAUUGUAUGGUCAAACAAAAUACAAUUGGUCGGAAGUCAUUGUUCCUCCAAACUGGGUGGAACGAUAUCCAAAAAAUUAUAGCGAUGAUUACCACCCCGAUCUUGAGAACGAUGAAGCAUUCCAAGUAUGGAUGAGAUUGGCUGGGUUGCCAACAUUCAGUAAACUGGUACAAAGAAAUGACGAUGAUACCAUGAAAACUGGACAAUAUCAAGUUGAAAUUAUACAUCUUUUCAACGUUACCGAAUACGGCGGAACCAAAUCUAUCAUUAUUUCCACUCGUACUGUCAUGGGUGGCAAGAAUCCUUUCUUAGGUAUCGCGUACAUUGUCGUUGGAGGUCUCUGUAUCCUACUCGGCGCACUCUUUACCGUCACGCAUCUUAUCAAGCCAAGAAAACUCGGUGAUCACACAUAUUUGAGUUGGAAUAAUGACAACCCAUCGACGGCGACUACGAGUGGGCGUGAAAUGGGCGGGAAUAUGGGAUAG